AUAACUCUUCUUCUUAUCAUUUAUAGAAAUAGCCUACAGUCAGUAAAUUGCCUGAAACUUCACGCAAAAAUGUCGUUUGUUCGCACCAGUAAAUUUCGUCAUGUUUUCGGAACACCAUAUAAGCCAGAAGUAUGCUUCACCGAUUUGAAAGCUGAUGGAACGGGAGACACAAAUUGUGCUGUCAGUACUAAAUUUUUGGCUGUGAUAAAGGGCAACAAAAUUAUUGUGCUUCCGAUUGAUGAGCCAGGAAGACAAGACGAAAACUCCAGCAGCUUUAUUGAUGCUAAGCAGAAACCCAUGGACUUGGCUUGGUCUCCUCACAAUGACUACCUGCUCGUCAGCGGCCAUGAAUCAGGGGAUGUUAACGGAUGGGUAAUUCCCAGGGAAGGUUUAAAAAGCAUGAUGACCCAGCCGUUCUGGGAAAUGCACGGGGCUCAUACAAGAAAGGUAACAACCGUAGCUUGGCAUCCAGUUGCUGAAAACAUCAUAGCUACCGGAGGAUUUGACCCUUUUAUCGUAAUCUGGCAUUGCGAAAACCAGACACCAGCGUUCCAAAUUGAUGUAAGUGAACAACCAACUAACUUCGCUUGGAACUUCGAUGGAAGUCGCCUUGCUAUUACAAGCAAAGAAAAGACCAAAACAAUGAGUCUAAGCGUCGUUGAUCCACGUACUGGCGAAGUCCUUACUAAAAACACGGAAUGCAGCAAGGGAACAAAGGCAACCAAAGUAGCUGUAUUAAAAAAUGGCAACAUCUUAACUGUCGGAGCUGGCAAAAUGGCCGACAGAACCAUUUCCUUAUGGGAUGGUAACGACGUAACAAAUCGUCUUUGUGAGUUAGAUGCUGGCUGUUCUAGUGCAGUGUUGAAUUUUUAUUAUGAUCCUGAUCUCGAAAUAUUUUACACAUUCGGAAGGGGAGAGUCUGUGAUCAAAUACUACGAGAUUGAGGGUAACAAUACAAUACAUUUUCUGAGUCAUUACACCUCUAAAGAAAGCCAAAAAGGUGGAAAUUUCCUUCCAAAACGGGGCGUUGAUUACAAAAGUUGUGAAAUCGCAAGAUUUUUCAAGUUGACUACAAAUAAAUGUGAGCCCACAUCCUUCACUGUGCCUCGUAAAUCAGAAUUAUUUCAAGACGACAUAUUCCCUGAUCCGGCUUCGGGCGAAAAAGGACUAACCGCGGAUGAGUGGAUUGGUUUACAAAACUGUGACCCACCAACGAAGCCUUUUCAAGAGCUAGAAAGCACUAGCACCGGAAGGGAACCACCUACAGUGAGAAAAAAUGCCAGAAAAACCGUCCCAAAAUCUGUACCAGAUCAUCCAGACAACGGAAAGAGCAAUGGGACGGCAGGUGUGGGUAUCGCAGAGUUAAUGGAAGACAUCAGAAUGCUCAAAUCGACCGUGAAAAAACUCAGUAAGCGGGUUACAAAAUUGGAAGAACAGAGUUCACUAGAAAAUGGAGGAGAGGAAGAAGAAGAGGAAGAAUAAAUAUUUUUAUUGAUUCAUAAUGAUGGCAAUAAAUAACAUCAUUGUAACAACACUUCAAGUUUCUGUAUGAUUUGAUCAAACUGAUUUCAAAGUGAGAAAGAAUCUGCUAUCUGAUUGAUCAUAUUGAGAAAGUAGAAUAAUAUCUCAAGUCAUAAGAAAACGUACUCAGGUCAACCUUUUUUCCAAUCCGUUUGAUGAAGAGCUUACUUAUAUUGAGUAUGUCGAGUUGAGUUACUUAUAUAUGCUUAAAUAUUUAUGCAUUUCUUUUUACAAUACUCGGAAGAAUUUUUAUGUUAAUAUUUUUCUUAUUUGUGAUAUUUGUUGAAAACCACUGAUUGUAAUGUCAUAAUAUAAAUAUAUUAAACCAAAUCAUGACAUACAAAUUAAUCAAAGCAUAAUGUUAUCCAACUCAUUGCACCGAGGCGAUAACAGGGAUACUUUUGCCAUGUAAUUUUAUGGGAGUCUUCAUUUUAACAAUUACCAUAACCUCAAUUCAAAAGUUUGAGCACUCUUUCAAACUAAAUUUUCACAAUAAGAAUAUGGCCUACUUAAUAGGAAACUUUAUCAAAAGGUGUUUUAAUCUUUGGUAACUUGUAAUAUAUUUUCAUACUUCUACAAUGAUCCAAAUGCAAUUUGGUUUUCUGAAAAUAUUUUUAUUAUCAUCACAAUUUUGUUGGAGUGAUCGAUAUGCUUUUACGAAAAAUAAUUGGUUCAACAAGUCAGCAUGAUAACUACGCAUUCAAUGCAAAAUUUGUAACAGCAUUGAUAACCUCAUUUUCCAAAAAUGCCAGUUUGUACUCACUCAACACGACCUUUGAUGAUUAAUUACAAAUUUUCUCUAUUUUCAAGGAGAAAAAGUUACCUUGAAUCAAAACCAAUGCAAAAUUUUCAGUUUUUUCAAACUGACAUAAAUCAGAAUGACAUUACGUUUUUUGUUGUAAAUUUUGUAAGCUUAUCCAAGUCCAACAAAGGAUAACUAUAUAAAUAAAUUACAUAACUUUAUAAAUAAAUUACAUUUUUUCCAAGUACUUCUGUUUAUAUUUACAAUUUUAAAAACAGCUUAGCUUUACUAACCAUUAAAUAUACUUCAUUGUCUCGAGUAUUACAAUGCAAGAAUCAAACUUGAUUAUCACCUCAAAAAAACCUGCUUAGUUGGUAUUUUCGUUUGGGACAGGAGGAGUUUGUAACUUCAAUUUCAAAGACCUUUUUUGUUUUUUAUUAUAAUCUUUUCACAGCAUGAAUGAUCGAUUUAUAAAAUUGACACCAAUCAUGGUGAUUUAAAAAAGGGAAGGUAUAAUAAUAAUUUGAUUUUUUGAUUUGUAUAUGGCUGUGUAUUUUUUAGAGCAAUCUAUGUAAUCAGAUGUUUUUUGCUGUCGAUUGUGUCUGUAAUAUUUGAAACAGGUCAUUGAAACUUUUCAUUAUUCAGGAAUAAAGAGUAAACAUGAA